AUGAGCACAUCCGACUCACGAUACUCAAAACGUUUCAGAGUGCCCGUAUCGUGCUCCGUGUGUCGCAAAAGAAAGUCUCGCUGUGAUAGAGCCAAGCCAGUGUGUGGGAGUUGCAAAAAGAAGUCUAUAGCCCACUUGUGCUCCUACGACGAUGACUCCCCAGAAAGUCACCAUCAGCAGCAGCAGCAGCAGCAACUCCAUCAGCAGGCAGCAGCCACCUACCUCCCCGUGGGGCCCGUAUUAACCAACCAGACGCUGUCUGUCAUGGUGCCCAAUCCUUACCCUUCAGCGCCAGCCACUCACGAAUCAAGUGGGCUGAACGGCCUGUCUAAAAAUAUGACUUUUCACCAGAGCCAAGGACACCACAAGAGCCCGCUGAUCAACUUCCAACUGCCUCAGUUACCACCUCCCCAGGGAGCACCCCAGUCUCCAUUAUGGGGACCUUCUCCGCAUCAGUAUCAACAGCAGUACUUCAUUCAGACAGACCCCAAUCAUACCUCGCUGCCCCAUCUUCCUCACCACACUCAGCUGCACGAGCACCAUCGUCACUUAUCAACGCUACCUUCUAAUGAUCAAAAUACUACCCAGUCAGACAUCUCUAUGCCGUUUCAGCACCAACCAAAUCAGCUUAACCGAAGUCUGCUGCAUCAACAUGAUCGUUUCCCUGCUCAGACACCCGCCUUUCAGCCACCACCGUUAGCUCAGAUGCCAAGUCCAAGUCGUCCUACGCAUAUGCCGGGUCAGCCCCUGAUAACUUCGUCUACGAACUUCAAUGCAAACGUGAAUACCCAAAUGGCCGCUGAACCUACAAAACCUCACGGUUCGCAGAGCUCAUAUGGGUCGGGUGGCUCAAAGGGUUCAAUACCACUUCCUCCAUCAAUACCUGGCGUGCCAAUUGGAAGUCCCAAACACCACUCACCGUCUCGUGCAGAAUCCAUGGAGAGCUCUGCUCCUUCUCUCUCAGGCUUGUCAGGACCUCCACUGGUCACCCUGAAAAAGCGUAAGGCGCCUGGCUCUCCAUCUUUGGCAUCUGCUUCCAUUUUUCCUCUGGGAUCUACUGCAAGCAAAGCGUCUGAGAAUGCUCUGGCUAUUUCAAUACCAAUCACUUCUACAUCCACAGCAUCAAUCUUGGAAGGACCAGCGAGAUCGCCUCAGAAAGAGAAGAAUGCAAUGCCAUCAAAUUCCUCUCGACAAGAGAAGGAUUCUCCCAGAAAAGAAGCUUCUCUGACCUCCAAUGAGCCUUCUCCCGAUUACGUGUCUAUAUCUAUCGGCUCCAACAUACUUCAAAUUGAGUUGGACGAUACGAUGGAUUCAUUUUCUGCUGCCACCAAUUCUCUUCUAGUUGAGGGUGAAUUAUGGCAACAACAAGGUCCCUUAUCCUACGUUGGUCUCACAAAAAGUGAUCCAUUCAUCAAGUUGAUCAGAAGCUUCAGUAUUGAAAUCUUCAAGAGUGAUGAGUUCUCUCAAUUCGUAAGAAGAAAGAAACCUCUCGCAGGCGAUAAAAGCUCACCAGCCUCUGCCAUAAGUGCAACGAGUAUGGACGAUACUUCUCGUUCAGAGCAGUCAGAUCAGACUUUUGACAGACAUUUCAUCGAGGAACGUAAUUCAGAGGAUGAGACCGAUCUAUUGAGCGGAGGUGCUCUCCUCACAACCAAAAUAAAGGCCGAUGAAACCAACAACUCAUUGCCAUUCCCUGGUCCUUAUUCUGAAAUACCAGGAACUCUAUCUAUUCAAAGCUUAUCUUCAUCAAAGCGGAAUUAUUAUGAUUACGUGCAAGGCCAAGUAAUCAGCAUUCUUCCAAACAAAAGAUCCUUGUACAAUGCUGUUAGCCGGUAUUUUAAAUUUGUGGCGACAUUUAUUCCCAUUCUUCAUGAGCAUACCUUCAUGUCGGAAGUACGUUCUUUAUUUGGUGGUGGGUUUCCUGAUUUUGGAGAUGGCUACUACAAGCUGUUCUUUAUUCGUGAUGAACAGGACCUCAAUUUGACUGCUCAACUCUUGCUCAUUGUAAGACUCGGAUACAUGUCUCUCAUACCUACUGAUGAUUCAGAUGCCGCUUUCACAAAGGAAGAAAAGCAUCUCAUCAAGGACAUCACAAGGUUCAAGUCGGAUCAUUAUUUGAGUAUCAUUAACCUUUGCAUAUCGGAAGAAAAAAUCCAGACUAGAUCGACAUUCAAGAUAGUCCAGAGCUUGACGUUAUUAUAUUACUAUCGUUCGGUUGCUCCAAACGAUUGUCUCGGAAUAAGCGGGGCCGAUUCUCAGUUGCUUUUUGGCUCCAUUGUCAAUCAUGCAUUGUCUAUUGGCUUGAAUAGAGAUCCAGUCAAUUACGAUAGUAUCCACAGUAUUUCCAAAAAAGCAGACUUUGUCAAUACUUGGAGAUCCCUUUGGCAUUUCAUUGUUAAUACCGAUGCAAUGAGUGCAAUGCUAUGUGGUAUAGUUCUAAAAAUCCCCAGCACGGAUAUCAGCGAUGUGGAGAAUCCAAAGUUCGACAAGCACGCCAGCGAACGGGAAGAAUUGUUUCACAAGACCCAGGAAAUUUGCAACUCCUAUCGCCGGGUUCUCAAUAAGCUUACCAACCUUCGCGAUAAACCAAAGGUAAUUGAUGUCUUACGUGAGACGAGCAACUUGGAGGGAGUGUUCCUCUCUCUCUUCGGUCAAGACUUUUUUAGAGACUACAUUUGCAGCCCUGCCCCACAACAUGGAGAUGGGCAGGAUGCCGCUGAUAAGAAGAAGCGUGAAGAGUGUUUGCUCAAGGUCAGUCGCUUCCUCACCUUCAUUCAUUUAAGAGCAAGUCUCUCGUGCCUCUAUUACCUCGUGGUUAUACAUUACGAAGAGAAGCUCGAUAAAGAUGCAAGUGCCGAGAUCACUGCAGGUAUCGAGCUAUUCAAAAUUUUUAUUAGGAGCGUUGUACAAUUGGUGUACAUAAUGUCUUACGCUCUCGACAAUUCACAAGAGCUCUUUGGAAGGCAUUAUGAUUUCAUAUUGACGUCUGGCAUUGAAAGAUGCUUAAUUAAGACACAUAACUUUGUCACGUCAUUCUUUAUUCGCUUAAUCAAUUAUAAGAGAGCAUUGGUUGUGCAACAAUUCAGCAAGAUGGCCAAUCCCUUAGCAAGCACCACCGAGGAUGAUGAUCUGGAGCUCGAGGCUCGUAGCGAAGUGACGGAUUCAUUGUUUACAAUAGCAAUGAUUGAAGCGGAGCUUUUCGUCGGGAGCUUCUGGACCUUGAGCAAGACAUACAUUAAUUCCUACAAGAUUUACGUGAUGGCUUACUUUGUGCUAAAGCAAUGCAUGGAAAACCCGGACAAACUCUUUGAGGGAAUGGUGAACCAUAAAAAAUACUUCCAUGAUGGCACAAACUUGCUCCAGUUCUUGUCUAUAGGGGAGCUCCAAAGCUUAUGUAAGUUAUGUGAAGAAUUCCGCAUCGCCAAGGUCGAGCUGAUCCGAAGGCAGAAAACUCGGCCAAAAGGGGGAGCUGCGAACGCCGACGUUGACAAAGACGAGGAAGAAGGGGAUAACUUUGACGCCAUGUUGGCGAACCGGACAAUGUAUGCGAACCGCAAUACGGUCAACACAUACGGAGUUCUUCAAGAGAAACACAUGUACCGAGAUUUUGAAAAACAGGCGUUUGACGAGCAGUCCAUGAUUGGCAAUGAAGAGUUACUCAAGCUCUUUGAGCUCUACGGCGACCUCGAUGCAGUCAUGGGGGUAUGA